UCAGUGUUUGCCCGCUUCCUCCCCAAUCCCAUAUUGUGAUUGUCAAGGCUGGAAACAGGCACAUGAAGAUACUAAGGAGAAAAAACUGAUUUUGAGAAUGCCUAGGCAGUGGAUACGAAAGACUGAUAGAGGUGUGCCUGCAGAUGUUUUAAAAAAGGCAUCUAAUGAGGUCACAAAGGAGAGCAAGUCAGUCAGAUCAGUUGCGAAGGCGCAUGGGAUCUGCCAUGUAACACUGAGCAGAUACUGCAAAUCACUGCAGAAGCUGAGAGAACAGGGGUCCAGUGAUCUUCCCAAUGUAGGUUAUUGGAGCAGCAACAAAGUCUUCUCUGAGGUGCAGGAGGAAGCGUUGGCUGACUAUUUGACUCAGGCAGCAGACCUGUAUUAUGGACUGACCCCACGUGAGGUCAGAAAGUUUGCAUAUCAACUGGCAGUAACAUAUAACAUCAAACACCCACAGACAUGGGAUGAGAAGCAGAUGGCAGGGCCUGACUGGUUCACAUUAUUUAUGAAGCGGAAUCCUAGCCUGUCAAUAAGGAGUCCUGAGGCAACCAGCCUUACACGGGCCACAAGUUUUAACCGCCCAAAUGUGGAAGGUUUUUUCAACAGCCUUGGACAGGUCAUUGAGAGAUACAACUUCGACGGGAGCGAUAUAUGGAAUGUAGAUGAAACUGGUGUAACAACAGUCCAGUCACCAGACCGUGUUGUUGCUCGUGGUGUCAAGCAGGUGGGUGCGAUGACAUCAGGUAUUUGGCCCUUCAAUCCUGACAUUUUUGAGGAGUGUGACUAUGCACCCUCACAAGUCACUGACCGUCCCGACCCAGGUACAUCACUGACAUCUGGAGCUUUCCAGCUGCAGUCUCCACCUACACACCUGGGGAUUGCCUCCUCUCCUCCAACUCACCUGGAGACUACUACUUCUGGCUCCUCUCCAGUUAAUGAUGUGACCAUGUCCUGUGCUCCAGAUGAGCCAAGCACCUCGGUGGUGUCUCCUGGAUUCCAGCAGGUAUGGUGGACCCCAGUAAAGACCGUGCGCACGGCAGGUUUCCUAGUGGAAACUUAUGAGAACCUGUUCAAGGGCUGGCGCUCGGCCUGCCUGCUGGGAUCUGAAGGUUGA